CGGAGGGAGGGGCGGGGCGUUCUCGUCUCGCGGCGGCGGAACCGGAAGUGCCGGGCGGUCACGUGGGCGGCCAUGGCGGAGCCGGAGCUCCGCGUGAACGCCGCGUUCGCCGAGCGCUACGGGCGGUACCGGCGGCGGGAGGAGCUGCAGCGCCUGCGGGACCGUUACGGGGACACCGCGGACAGCGGCGACAGCUCCAGCUCCGAGUCCAGCGGGGACGAUGUGGCCCUGGACCCCCGGCAGGAGCGGGAGUUCUACCGGACCCUGGCGCUGCUCAAACGCGCGAUCCCCCGCAUCUACCGGCAGGACAGCACCUUCUACAGCCAGCACGACUCGGAGGAGGAGGAGGAGGAGGAGGAGGAGGAGGAGGAGGAAGAGCGGCCCCGGCCGAUGUUCCUGAAGGAUUACGAGCGCGCGGUGCUGCUGGAGCAGGAGGGCAAAUACGUGGAUGAGGAGGAUGAGGAGGAUGAGGAGGCGGCGGCCAGGCGGAGGAAGGGUUCCCAAAUUCCCACUUUCUCUCCCCAUUUUCUCCCCCCCCCCAGGCCCAGGCCUGCCCCCAGCUACGCCGAGGAGCAGCGGGCGCUCAAGGAGAGCUUCCGAGCCUUCAUCGCCGACAGCGAGGAGGAGGAGGAGGGGGGGGGAGGGGCCCUGCUGCGGCCCCGGGUGCGGAACCGGGAGGAGAAGGCUGAGGAAGAGGAGCAGUACCUGCGCUGGCUGCGGGGCCAGGCCGAGCCCCCCCCGGAGCCCCUGCAGGACCUGGAGCCCCUGCAGAGGUUCUGGUCGGACCCGGGGCUGGAGCCGGGCGAGCGCUUCCUGCGGGAUUACCUGCUGGGCCACGGCUUCCGCCAGGAGGAGGAGGAGGAGCAGGGGGAGGAAGGGGCGGCCCUGCCCCCCCUGCAGGACUCCUCGGACGAGGGGGAGCAGUUCCUGCAGCGGCAGCAGGACUUCGAGCGCCGGCACAACUUCCGCUUCGAGGAGCCGGGGGCGGCCCAGCUCCAGACCUUCCCCCGCCUCAUCCCCAGCUCGGUGCGCCGCCGGGACGAGCGGCGCAAGGAGAAGCGGGAGCGGACCCGCGAGAGGAAGAGGAAGGAGCGGGCCCGGCGCCGGGAGGAGCUGAAGCAGCUGAAGAACCUGAAGCGGCAGGAGCUGGCCGCCCGCCUCGCCCGCAUCCGCCGCGCCUCCGGCUCCGCGGCCUUCGGCCUCAGCCGCUCCCUGCUCCAGGAGGAUUUCGACCCCGCCCGCCACGACCAGCUCAUGGCCGAAUGGUUCGGGGAGGAGUUCUACGGGCGGGGGGAGGAGGAGAAGCCGCAGUUCGAGGAGGAGGAGGGGCUGGAUGAUGAUUGGAACUGGGACACCUGGACGGGGCAGGAGGAGGGGGAGGCGCAGAGGGAGCCGCACUGCGAGGACCCCGACUUCGUGAUGGACGCCGAUUACGCCCCCGGGGCCCCCCCCGAGCCCGCGGCCCCCCCGGGCCGGGCCCCCCCCGAGGUUCCCUUCGGGAAGAGGCGGCGCCGGACGCGCUUCCGGGAGGCGCUGGAGAGGGAGAAGCCCCCGUGGGACCCCGCCUCGGGCCCCUUCGAGCAGUACCUGGACGAGUUUUACUCCCUGGACUUCGAGGACAUGGUCGGGGACCUCCCCUGCCGCUUCAAGUACCGCCGGGUCCUGCCCUGCGACUUCGGCCUCACCACGGACGAGAUUCUGGCGGCCGACGACAAGGAGCUGAACCGCUGGUGCUCCCUGCGCAAGACCUGCAUGUACCGCUCUGAGCAGGAGGAGCGGCAGGACCAGGCCAAUUACAGCCGGCGGGCGCAGAACCUCAGCAAGAAGCACCAGAUCCUGAGAUCCCUCGUGGCUGACCCCGAGGAGGAGGAGGAGGCGGCGCCGGCGAAGCCGAAAUUUGGGAAGAAACGCCGGGAGAAGAGGAAGCGCCAGGAGGAGGAGGGGGGGGGGGAAAGGGGAGCCCCCAGCGACCCCCCCCGCGGCCCCCCAAAACCCCGGGGGUCCCCGGCGGCGGGGGGGGGCCCCGCUGGGCGCGGCCGUGCGCUUGGGGGCCGCGAGUUCAGCGGGAAGAGGCUGGAAGCCUUCGGCCUCAACCCCCGGCGGCUCCGGUACCGGCAGCUGCAGCGGGGAAAGGAGGGCGGGGGGAAAGCCGGGAGAAACACCGGGAAUGCCGGGGAGAACCUCGAGAAAAAACCCGGGAAAAACACCGGGAAAAAUCCCGGGAACGCCGGGGAAAACCUCGAGAAAAAACCCGGGAAAAACAGCGGGAAAAACGAAGAAAAUCCUGGGAAAAGUCCCGGGAAAAUCCCCGGGAGCACCGGGAAAACAGCAGCCAUCAAUGGGAAAAAACAGAAACGCAGGAAAAACGCCCCAAACCCCCAGGAAAACACCUGA